UUUCCCAUCAAGUUUGUUUUGAAUCGAGUGCGUAUUUUCUCUCGUCUAAAAUGUGACGGAAUCCAGCUAAUCUGCUAGCUAGCCGCAGAGCAAAAUGCAACCGGACGAUCUCUCAAUACCCAGAGGCGACAGUAAGAUUAAGCUGAAGUUAAAUCUUCACGUGAAAAAGCGCCUGCAGGAAACCAAAAAGACCUCGCAGAGUUCCUUAGAAUUGAGCAGCCCACCGGUUGCAGUAUCACGAGGAGCAUCACAACCAACCGUGUCAAAGACUAAAAAGCUAAAGACGAAGCACUCGCAAUCAUCACCAUCUGUUUCGGUUUGUACUACAGUUGCUGGCACGAGUAGCGGCAGCGCUAGUAAACAUUCAACUGAGCUGUUGCUAUCCCCUGGAACCAUCGGUGGAAAUAGUAACGAUGCUACCAAUAGCAGUUUUAACUCGGCUGACUUUGAUCCAGACGCCGGCGUCUCCAACGAUGGCCAGGAGCGAGCGGACAAGAACGUUACCAGAACGGCCAAGCCUGACAUUUUUACGCUGAUACUAAAUGAGAAAAAGAGCUCGUUAAUGCGCGAUCCGGAAGUAAUCACAUUUUUGAGAGAAAUGAUGGAGAAGAGAAAUAAAUGAUUUUCAAAGUAA